AUGAAGAAUCCUGGCAGAAAUCUACCGUUGGCCAUCGGAAUCGCGCUCACCCUGGUAACUGGUCUGUACAUGCUGACAAACAUUGCUUACAUGGCGGUGCUCAGCCCCUACGAAAUGCUGGCUACAGGCUCUGGAUCCUCCGCUGUCGCUGUGGUGUUUGCCAAGCGUGCAAUGCCCUGGAUUUCCAUGCUUAUGCCUGUCUUCGUCGGUGCCUCUGUAUUUGGAAGCAUUAAUGGUCUGGCGAUGUCGAUGUCUCGGUGGCUUGUGUUGGCCGUCAGCUACCAGUUUUACAGUGACCUGUUCGCGUUGAUUGAGUUGGCGGGCUUCGCGUUCGCCUUUAUUGCAGCUUUGGCUGUGACUGCCCUCCUCUACUUGCGGUACAAGGAGCCCAAUCUGAAGACAUCGUUCCAGCUACCUAUAUUAUUCCCCAUCGUCUUCCUGGGAUGUGAUCUGCUAAUUCUUAUGCUGACGAUAUAUCAACAACCGCGUGAGUCGCUCUCCAACGUGAUUCUGAUGUUGGUGGCGGUUCCCAUCUACUGGUUGGGUGUUUCGUGGGAGAACAAACCAAAGGGCUUCCAGAAUUUUAUUUAUAAGGGCACAGUAUUUCUGCAGAAAGCGUUUGCCUGCGUGCCAGUGGAGGAUGAGUCUCAAUUGGAGGGGAACGCAGCUGCUCACGACGUGAACAAUCAUGUUGAGACCUUCUAG